AUGGCUCCGAAGCAAGGAUCGAAGAAGGCGGCCGAGGGCAUCAACGCGCGACUGCAGAUCGUCAUGCGAUCGGGGCGGUACACGCUCGGGUACAAGCAGUGCCUGAAGACGCUGCGCAAGGGACAGUCGAAGCUCGUGCUGAUCUCGAACAACUGCCCGGCGCUGCGCAAGAGCGAGAUCGAGUACUACGCGAUGUUGGCGAAGACCGGGGUGCAUCACUACGCCGGAAAUAACGUCGAUCUCGGCACGGCGUGCGGUCGAUACUACCGCGUGUCUUGCAUGUCGAUCACCGAUCCGGGCGACUCCGACAUCGUCAAGGCGGUGCCGGAGGAGUAA